AUGUAUAACAAUAAUACUCAACCACAAGACUCUUUUCUUUUACACCGACCUGCGUUGCCUCCACCAAAUUUUAUAAAUGCGUAUCAACAAGACGUAACCCAUAAUCGAAACAACAAUACCAAUACCGCUAGCACUUUAACUAAUACAUUACCUCCUAUUCUUCCAAGAAUUGCCCCUGCAGGCCCAAUACCGUUACCACCCACUCCUCAAACUAGACCCCGCCCUUCUAGACCUAAAUACAAAAUUAAAACUGAUAAAACAGCAUGGACUGCAGAUGAAGAUAAUUUACUUCGUCUUGCUGUUCAACUUUAUGGUGACAGGUCAGAAAGAUGGACAAAAAUUGCUGCAUGUGUCCCCGGUAGAACGAACAAAAUGUGUAGAAAACGUUGGUUUCAUUCGCUGGAUCCAAAUUUACGCAAAGGCCCGUGGACUGAAGAAGAAGACGAUUUAUUAAGAAAAGCUGUUGAAAAACAUAAUAGGGUUUGGUGUAAAGUUGCCGAGUCUAUUCCAGGUCGUACAGAUGAUCAAUGCGCUAAAAGGUGGAAAGAAUGUCUAGAUCCUGAUAUUGAUCAUACAGAGUGGACAGAUCAGGAAGAUGCUUUAUUAAUGCAAAAAUAUUCAGAAUUUGGAAGUCAAUGGCAACAAAUUGCUCAAUUUUUUCAAGGACGUCCAGGACUACAUUGUCGAAAUAGGUGGAGAAAAAUUCAAAGACUUAAGAAAGCACAGAAAGAUCCUUCAAUGGAUAUGAUUAUCAUAACUCCUAAUGAUAUAACUACGACGAACUCUUCUUCUUCACCUCAUACAUCAACCUCUUCUUUAUCGACAACAUUACACUCGACGCCUCAAAAUGUACUACAACCAAAUUUACAAUCAAAUGCACAGUCCAAUUUGACGACUAAUAAUAUGCAAUCAAAUGUGCAACAACAGUCUAAUACACAACCUCAUGUACAGUCACGUUCGUCUUCAAUUAUGUCACGUCAGAAUGUAAAUUUACAACAGUCACAUAUUCAUUCGAAUUUGCAGCAACAACGCUUAACAUUAAAUAACGCAUCUCCAAAUUUAUCUGCAAAUUUGCAAUCAAAUUUACAACCUAAUUUACAAUCAAAUUUACAAUCAAACUUACAACCCAACUUGAGCUCAAAAUCUAAUUUAUCUUCAAAUUAUGUUUCAAAUUAUCCAUCAAAAUCUAAUAAUAAUGUUUCCGCAACAAGUUUACUGAAAUUGUUACCAUCAAAUUUAUCGUCAAAUUUAACGAACAAUUCUACAUCGUCAAUUCCAUCAUCAAUUGCGCCCCCAAGCAUAGAAAAUAAUACACCUGAUACUAUGACACAUUUACCUUCAACUUCCUCAAGCGGUCCCACUAUCGCAUCCUUGUUAUCAUCACCAAGUACUUCAGUUUCGAAUAAUCAAAUGAAUUUGGAUAUUUUGGAUGAUCAAGGAAAUUCUCAACCUCAAUCUCAACCAUCACAAGAAACCGAGGUUGAAACAAACGUCAAAGCUUAUGGGUGUGGCGUAACAGGAUGUGAAGUAAGCUUUCCAAGUGCUAAUGGCUUAUAUUAUCACAUGAAAGCGGCUCAUCCGACGAAUAAUGCCGAUAAACCAUUUCGAUGCGCGUUGGCGGGGUGUUCUAAAAAGUACAAAAAUAUUAAUGGACUUCAAUAUCAUAUUGAUAAUGCCAAGGGAUCAUCAGGCCAUAAAUAUGAUACUGAAGAAGGAGCUCAUGAUACAACUGUAAAACCGUUCAAAUGUCCAGUUGCCGGUUGUAAAAACAAUUAUGUUUCGGCUAAUGGUUUACAGUAUCAUCAAAAAAAUGUCCACAGGAAGGACGCAGAUAAAUAUCGUGGACCUCAUAAAGUAAAUUCUCAGAAUAACCAACGGUCUGAUGAUUCAGAUCCACAAUCAUCACCUCAUGCGGAGAUUGAUAGCACUGAUACCGCUCCUAGUUUAAAUGAGCAGUCAUGGAUAAAUAACGUCUCAAAUGAUUCCAAUAAUCAGCCAUUACCGAUGUUUAAUAUUUUCCAACCUCAAUUUAAUGAUCCUGAAAUUUUGUCUUUUAAUGAGAGUUCACAUUUUAAAUGUUGUCAUAAUGGAUGCGGAAAAAGUUUUAAUACAAUACCAGAGUUAAAUGAUCAUGUCAGUAGCGACCAUCGUUCUCCUAUGCGGCAGAAAAGAAGAAUUAUGCCUCAUUCGGAAUAG